AUGGAGAACCGCACCAUUGUCACUGAAUUUAUCCUGCUGGGGCUCUCAGCUGCCUGUGAGCUGCAGAUGCUCAUCUUCCUGGGGCUCCUCCUGACUUACUUCCUCACGCUGCUAGGGAACCUCCUGAUCGUGGUCAUCACCCUCGUGGACAGGCGCCUCCACACCCCCAUGUACUACUUCCUCCGCAACUUUGCUGUCCUGGAGAUCUGGUUCACCUCGGUCAUUUUCCCCAAGAUGCUGACCAACAUCCUCACGGGACAUAAGACCAUCUCCCUCCCAGGCUGCUUUCUACAAAGUUUCCUCUAUUUCUUCCUGGGCACCACAGAGUUCCUCCUACUGGCAGUGAUGUCCUUUGACAGGUACAUGGCCAUAUGUAACCCCUUGCGUUAUGUCACCAUCAUGAGCAAAACGGUCUGUGUCCAGCUAGUGCUCUGUUCGUGGAUGACAGGAUUCUUUCUCAUCAUUGUUCCAAGCUUCAUCAUAUUUCAGCAGCCAUUCUGUGGCCCCAAUAUCAUCAAUCAUUUCUUCUGUGACAACUUUCCACUCCUAGAACUUAUAUGUGCAGACACAACCCUGAUAGAGCUUCUGGGUUUUGUCAUAGCCAACUUCAGCUUACUGGGCACUCUGUCUGUGACAGCCACUUGCUAUGGCCACAUCCUCCACACCAUCCUGCACAUCCCCUCAGCCAAGGAGAGGCAGAAAGCCUUCUCAGCCUGUUCCUCCCACAUCAUUGUUGUGUCUCUUUUUUAUGGCAGCUGCAUCUUCAUGUAUGUCCGAUCAGGCAAGGGUGGCCAGGGAGAGGACAGAAGCAAGGUGGUGGCAUUGCUCAACACAGUGGUGACCCCAAUGCUCAACCCCUUCAUCUACACCCUGAGGAACAAACAGGUGAAGCAGGUGUUUAGGGAGCAGGUGAGCAAGCUCCUCUCAUAA